ACAUUUAAUAGGAUAAUUCAUGAUUAUAAUGAGAGAGAAAGAUAAGUUCGAAAUUUGAAUGUAAUUAAUUCUUCUCAUAAUUGUGUGACCAAUUCGGCUUUUUCUUUUCCAGAAAACUUCGUAUCCCUUCUUGAGCAUCUUUCAUCUUUAAAUUAUUCACCAUUUUUUCUGUGCCCAGAAAAUAUGCCGUCGAUAUAUCGAGAUCCAUUUGUUCGUACAAGAAUGUUUUGCCAAUGUGCACAACCGAGCGACUCUUCAUCUUGAUCGCAUCUAUAAUUCGGCGGACUUCCUCGUCUAAAAAAUUAAAUGACUCACCGAGCUUAUCAUCGGGCACGACUUUACUAACGAGGCCACACUCGUAAGCUUCUCUGCCGGAAAUAGGAAGUCCCGUGAAGAGCAUAUACAUCGCCCUCUUCCUUGGCACAUUGCGCACCAGCGGUAUACCCGGAGUCGAGCAAAAUAUUCCGAGAUUUGCCCUGCGAGAAGCAUUAAUAAGUAUACUAUUUUUAACAGGAUAAUGAGCAAAAGGAUAAUAAUAAGUAAUGAGACGAGUUAUUUGCAAAAUACCCUGGAGUAGAAAAGGAACUUCUUUCCGUGCACACCGCGAUAUCACAUGCUACGACCAACUGACAACCAGCUGCAGCUGCUAGACCGUCCACCGCCGCGAUCACCGGCACUGGACUCUGACUAAUGGCCCGCAUCAGUUCUGCACAGGUCUCGAAUACGUCCUUAUGGGACUUGGCGUUUGUAGCUGACUAAAACGUAAACUAUAAUAAUUUUUCUGUAUGAUGAAUAUGUAUAAGGAGAUUUUGCGGAAGUGGAAUACUACGGACCAGUUCCUUCAAGUUGUGUCCGGCGGAAAACACUUUUCCAGGCUCGGAUAUCAGUAGAAUCGAUCGAAGAUUCUUGUUGUCCUCAUCCCUCUUGAUUUCUCUCAGCAAAAUCUUCAGCAUUUCUAACGAUAAGGAAUUGCGCGAAGCAGAGUCGCUCAAACGGAUGGUUCUGAUCUGAAAUAAGAUUGAAAUGGAGAGUAUCGCAAAAAGGUUGAAAAGGGUGCACGAUCCCUACUUCGGAGAAGAGCUCGAUGACGCACGGUUCACGGUACGCGUUCCCAUAACGACCAGUGUUUCCCUUAACGACUAACAUGGCUGAAGCUGAAGAUGCGCCGCCGCCGAUUCUGCUGCCCUGCGCGAUCUGCGCGAGGACGUUCAUGCCGCAGUCGUUGGAGAAGCACGCGAGGAUAUGCGAGCGCUCCGCCACCAAGAAGCGCAAACCCUUCGACUCGGCCAAGCAGAGGAUCCAGGGCACCGAACUGGCUGAAUUUCUGCCCAAGCAGGAGCCCCGGCGACACCAUCAGGACGAGAAGACCAGGUCCUCCUGGAAGAAGACCCACGACGACUUCCUGCGGACCAUCCGCGAGGCGCGCGGCGAAAUCAUGGACUCGAGCAAUAAACAAUGCAAUUCAAUGAUCCCCUCGGGAGCGCCGACUCGCGCCAACGAGAAGGGUACGUGCCCCACGUGCAAUCGACAAUUCGGUAUCAAAGCCUACGACCGUCACGUCGCCUGGUGCAGAGACAGGAUCACCCGGAUGCCGAUGAGUCCGGCGACAAACUUGGCGAAGGAGCGAUUAGAAGCGCGCAUGAGAUACAAAGCACCAGUCAUUAAGAACCGGCGAGCUAUCACUCGUGAAAAAUAUAGCCCCGGCUCGGCGGUGAACCAAAGUGCCAAGACCUCUGCGUCGUCACCGGCUCUUGUCAAGCCGAAGGAAAGUGUCUCGGUGACCAGUUGCAAUCGACAGAGUCCAACAAAGCAAAAACCAGCUAUUGUAAAACGUCCUGGACAGCUCAAGGAAUCUCCUAUCUCAUCUGGACCUAUGAAGUCACGUCUCAUCGAUCGGACAAACAACGGCACGAGCAAUAAGGAUUACGAUCCGUUUCUGCUGGCCGAACAACAAAUGAACGAUCUGCUGUCGGACAUGAGCGACCAAUCCAUGACAGGGAGUCCUAAACUCCAACAAAAUCACAACAAUUUGUAUCCGCUCUCUCAUUCCUCCGCCUUCGUGAAAUAUCCACUCCCUCACAGGAGGUCGUCUCUGAUAGAGCCUCCCAUCGAAUUCGACGAUGUUGUAUCCGACUUUUCAAGCGACUCCACCGAGACCAACUCGAUCUCGCGCGAGAUCUUCCUCUCGAAGCCCAUUCUGCCGAGUAAGGAUAUGACAGAUGUCACGGGUCUGAAACCCGUGAAGGAAUUGGGCAGGCGAGUCAUAAUCGAUAAAUCGAAAGCGUUGGGCGUCGACGAGCGCCGCGGCGUCGUCGGCAGCGCCGACAGACCCCGCAUGACCUUCGACAAGGUCACGUCUGCGGUCACGAAGCCGUUGAUCGAUCGGUCCAAUUCGAUCCGGGCCUCGUCUGCGCCUAGAAGCAACUUGGGCUCCGAUAGAAAGAUCUCGAACGAUGUCAGGAAGGUCCAGGGUUCGACGAUAGCCGAGGAUCAGUCGUUGUCAAGGUCGUCGGAUCAGAGUCUCAAUCGGAGCAACAACAAUUACUCGUCCCUGUCCGGCAGCAACCUGAGUCUCAGCUCGAUCAUUUCCUCCUCGGAGUUAGACGUCAAGCGAUCGAACUCGAUGUUCGACGAGCUGAUGACGAGCUUCAAGGAGGAUGAUGACUUUAAUCUGAGCUCCUUCCUCAAUAAUGAAUCCUUCGACCUAUCCAGCUCCGGAGGUGACAGACAGCGGAACGGCAGCCUCAUCAGUGAUGGAGAACUGUCUUCGCCUGAUAGCUACAAGCCGAGGGAUCAUAGCAAGUUGAGCAACGACUCCGCCUACAGCAGUUUAAAUCGCAAAUAUUCGCAUCAUGGACGCAGCACCAACGACGUGAUCGGCCGUGUCGACGAGGACGUCCCCAGAAACGGCACGUCGCCGACUCAGACGACGAUGAACAAAUACAAGAUGUCGAAAUUCUGUCACGAAUGCGGUCAGCGAUUUCCGGAAACCGCCAAGUUCUGCUGCGAAUGCGGCGUCAGAAGACUUGCCUUGUGAAAACGCAUCGCCAUUCUUCGAGUAUUAUUAUCAUCAUCGUAUCGAUUUUAAUAUUGAGAAGUGAAGCAAAGAUAUCACCGCGAAAAUAUUCUUUCGAAAGAAGAAUAUGUUACAAUUGUUUAUUUUGAAAGCAUGUCUUUUUUUAGAGUGAGAAUACUCUAGAAAUAUUUUCUGAGGAAAAGAGUAGUAUAUUAAUUUGCAAUUUCGAUUUUUUUCUCGAAAUUGAAAAUUGUUUUCUGAAUAAUAUCCUUUGACAGUGAGACAAUGGAUCAACUUCCUUAUGGUAUGUAAAACAAUAUAUUAUUCAGAUGGCUUUUUAAAAAAAUCUUAGAGUUUUGAUUAUAUCAUUUAUGAAUUUUGUAAGGUAGCGUUUUUACCGCUGAAGAAUUUUUUUAUCUGCUUUAAUUCGCUUUCUAUGAUGCGUCGAUUUGCUCGCUACGUUUGAGUAGUCUAGUUAUAUAUACAUAUAUAUAUAUAUAUAUAUAUAUUGAUAAGAACUUUUUGUCACAAAAUAAAUAUGUACACACAUAUAUCGAGUGUCGCUAAGCGAUCGCAGAAGCCAUCCUCUUUUCUACAAAUUCACAAGUGCGACUUUUUGAUAAAGUUUUUAUACGAAUGAGGAGAAGCAGGAUGAAAUGCAUUUUCUGUUGAAAAUAAGAAAAUUAAAAGGGAAUUGAUAGGAAUUUAUUUUAGAAAAGGUUAAAUGAAAACUUCAAUAUUGUCGAAUUUAAUUUUUUUAAUUCUAAUAAAAUAAAAUAAAAACAUAAAUUGAAGGAAUUCGAUUUAUUCUGAAUUAAUGAACAUCAAAAAAAGUCUCUUUACAUUUUAUAUUCGGCACAAUCAUUUUUUACAUAUAUUUCCAAAUGAAAAUAGAGAAAUAAUUUUUCUAUUUUGAAUCUUAGGCGGUUCAUUUCGUGAAAAUAAAUUUCUAUCAACUCAUUUAAUUCACCUAAUUUUCGCAGGCUCUUGUGUCGCAAGUCAUAUAUGUAACGAGGUCGAUCGUAGAAUAAGAUUAGAAGAUAGUCAUUAGAUGAGUUGCCAGUUUCAACUUCGCUCAAUUAACGAGUCAAAACUAACGAGAAAAAAAUAAGUGUGAAAUACGUUCAAACCAUUAAUCUUAAUAAAGAUAGACUUCUUAAUUGUUGUGAAAAAAAAGAAGAUUAAUUAUAAUUAAAUUAAAAGUAUGCAUCAUUAAAAUGCACAAUCGAUUUAACAAUGAUAUCAAGUGGAUCUUAUCCUUUAGUAAGAAAAGAUAUUUGCAUUAUUUAUUACACAUAUACUGAAAAUAUAAAAUGUAACUUAAUAUACAGAGUAUCUCUGUAAAAUAUACAGGAAUAUAGAAAUCGAUUUAGAAAGUGUGUUCCGAUAAAUAAAGAGAAAGUAUAUAAAUAA